ACACAGACACUUGCACAAGUUUACCACACAGCUCAUGAUGUUGUCAGUGGGGAGCCUGAUAUGGGGAGAUAUCAAGCGGUCAUUAGGCAGAUGGAGGAGCUAAGAUACCGGUGUUUGUCAGCUCUUUUUGAGCAUGGACGACUUGUGCAGCCUCCGGGAGCCAGUCAGCAGCCAGUUGUUGUAGCCCCAGUUCUUGCACGACAGCGAGGA